CACCCAACCCCCACUCCAAGGUCACGUCAUCUCCCUCAACCGGGAACCGGAGCCGCUUUUUUUGAGAAGAAACAGAUGCCAGCAGAGCGAUGGGAUCUCCCCUCCUGGGUGGGAUUCGUAUACUUUCUCCGGAUUUCCUCAGCGAGUCGCUUUUCUAUUGCGUACUUACUCAUAGGCGCCCUUCCAGUGGCUCGCUCGCGCUUGGAGUGGUCGGUGGCUCGGUCGUGGUUUGUGUGAGUUUAGCAGUUGUCGCGAGUCUCGGGAAAAACCCGUUUCAGUAUAUAUCUUUUUAAUCAUUACUUUCUCCGUGUUUGUGUAUGGUGCAUCAACCCCUGCAGUGUACGCGAUCGCAAUGCUCCGCUGUGGUCUUCUCCUGGCGGCUCUUUGCAGCUCUGUUCUCUGGCAUCGGGUCGCAACUGCCGACAAACCUGCCUUUCUCCUGACGGCACCGCAUGCAUUAAUACCCGGCGCAACCGAGACACUGGCUCUCAACGUCCUCAAUCCCCCUAAGGAUGGGCACGCCACAAUCCAGUUGCUAGCGCCCUCUGGCCAGGUUUUGAGCGAGACGAGCAUCAAGUCUGCCGGGGGAUUUCCUCAGACCGUGUCCCUCAAUGUCCCCAAAGAGCUUCCCGUUGGCAGCUCUCUAGCAGCAAUUGGAAAGUUUGGGCGCUACAGCUUUGACAAGAGGCUCUCGGUGAAGGUGGCUGAUGGCAGUGCUGGUCUCAUCAUAAUCAUCCAGACAGACAAGCCAGUCUACCGGGCUGGAGAAGUUGUACGGCUCCGAAUCCUCAGCAUAGACCACCGGAAGCUUCCCUUGGCUAAAGAUGCUAUUGGUGAUGUGUGGGUGGAAAAUGCAAACCAUUUCAGAGUGGCACAAUGGCACAAUGUCUCCUUUUCUAGGGGUGUGCUCCAGUUGGAAAUGGAAUUGUCUAAAGAGCCUCCGCUUGGACAGUGGAAGAUAUUUUGCCGUCUCCUUGGCCGAGAAACUCGCAAGCCUUUCCAGGUGGACGAAUAUGUGCUGCCGAAGUUUGGAGUAGAGGUGGUGCCUCCACCUUACGUCUUCCCUGAGGAGACCAACACCACCUGGAAGAUAUGUGCUCAGUAUGUCUAUGGCAAGCCAGUGAAAGGACAGCUCCGGGCCCAGCUCACCUAUGGGCGGUUUCACUGGGCAUCUGAGGCCACAAAAGUACUGCCCAGCAUUGACCUUGAUCUUCCGAUAAAAGGUUGUCACGAGUUCACGCUGAAUGGUCGGGAUUUACUUUUGGCUAAUGAGGACCUGAACAGGCGUCCGCUGAUCCUGACGGCUGAAGUCACCGAAGAAGCCACCGGUGUGACACAGCAUGCGAACGUCACAGUGAGGCUGUCGUGGUCACGGCUCACUCUGGAAUUUCUGAAAGACGGUGCAGUGGCCGACUUCAAGCCAGGACUGCCCCACAGAGGAGCGCUGAUGGUAACUCAACCUGACGGCACACCAGCGCCCGGCGAGAGCGUGAACAUCUGCUUUCUGGCGGUAAACGUGACGAUGCGAGAAGUGUCCAAGGGCUGCAGGGACUUCAAGAGCGGUCCGGACGGACUCGUUCGGUUUUCAGUGCCUGGACUACGCAGCUCUCCGUCUUCCUUGAGGGUCACGGCCAAAGCAGAAGGAGGCAGCUUGAAUCCUCCGACCACCACGGUACUUCUGCAGCCAUGGAGGUCACUGUCGCAGCGCUACUUGCGAGUCUUGGCGCCGGGUCAGAAACUAAAGUGUGGCGUGUCAACACCAGUUCGCUUUCACUACACCAAGCUCAAGAACCACUCUAGUGUGGCCUUCAACUAUCAGGUGUUUUCCGGACGCCGCGUCGUCGAGCAGGGCAGGUUUGAGCCCAGGGUUUCUCAAGACGACACGGACGACAGGAUUCCAGUUGAGUCCGGACUCCAGUCCGGGGGCUUCAUCACGGCCGAGCUGAGCCUGGAGCCGAAACCCGAGUGGGGCCUGUCUUCGAAGGCGCGCCUCCUGCUGUAUUACGCCCACCCCAAGGGAGAGCUGAUUGGGGACAGUCGCCGGCUGCAGGUUGAACCCUGCACUUCAAACCCCGUAUCGAUGCAUUUUGCAAAGGACAGUGCCUACCCUGGGACCACAGUGGAGUUAUCGCUGUCUGCAGCAUCGGGCUCUCUCUGCGGAGUUUGGGCUCUCGACCGCGGUCUGUUGCACAAGGACUCCUCUGCGCAGCUCACCGCUGACAAGCUGGAACAAUUGCUGGAGCCUUUGGAGCCGAAACCAGAUCCAUCCGCGUUUUCCAGCAGCCACUGUCGAGACCGCGGGAGAGUUUUUGAAGCACUUCGCCGUGACAGGUACCUGCGAGAGCCUCUGUCUUUUCUAGAUGCCACCGCUGCAUUUGAGGAGUCGGCGGUUCAAGUACUUACAGACCUGAAGCUUGACAUUCACGACUGUGAUCUAGUUGAAGACGACUUUUGGAGGUCUGCUUUUCGAGAGUUUUCCACAGAUGUUGUCUCCCAUCAUCAUGGUUUUGACAGGACCGAGUUUGAACCUCGAGCGAACGAACCACGGGUUGUCCUACCUGAGGAGGACGUUCCUGCAGACCCUCCGAAAUCUGCGGUGUCACUCCGCACACACUUCCCAGAAACAUGGCUUUGGGAGAUGCACAAUGUUGACAGGGAGGGUUCUGUUCAGUUUCAGCGCGAACUCCCGCACUCCGUGACCCAGUGGCAGGCGGGUGCCCUCUGCUUGCACCCCACCCGGGGUGUGGGUCUUUCGAAUGCGGCCCUGGACGCCCUCCAGCCCUUCUUCGCUCAGCUCACCCUCCCCGCAGUGGCCAAGAGGGGGGAGCUGGUGCCCGUCACCGCUACCCUCUUCAGCUACCUCCAGGCGUGCGUUCCGGUGAAGCUGUCCCUAAAUGCGGACAGUGCCUGCAUGAAGCUCCUCGGCGAGCCACAGAAGCGGGAUUGCCUGUGUGGCAACGAAAGCAUUGUGCUGCGAGUGCAAGUGCGUCCCCUGUGCCUCGGAGCCAUCAACAUUACGCUUCAUGCCCUUGGGCUUGCUGAAAACAAAGGACUGUGCGACGAGGGGAAGCCGCUCGAAACGAGGCAGGCCCGAGACUCUCUCCGGAAAAGCCUCCUCGUCACGGCAGAAGGGCAGCCUCAAGAAAAAUCAACUGCAAAGUAUAUCUGCCUAAAUGGUUCCGGUGAGGGUCCUCAGAAGCACGAAUUUCCGCUGGAACUUCCACGCAACGUGGUCUCUGGAUCUUCAAGGGGUGUUUUUACGCUUUCAGGCAACGUCGGGAGUCCCGUGUCAGUGGACAGGCUGGACAAGCUGGUUCGUCUGCCAACUGGCUGCGGGGAGCAGAACCUCGCUUUGCUGGCACCCAACGUCUUUGUGCUCGACUACCUCAACUCUUCCGGAGAGCGUGGGCAUCCCCUGGAGUCAAAGCUGAAAGAGAACAUCGCUAAAGGUUACCAGAGGCAACUGAACUACCGGCACGCCGAAGGCGGCUACAGCGCGUUCGGCUCGCAAGACCCAGAGCCGAGCCUGUGGCUGACUGCAUUUGCUGUGCGGACGUUUGGGAGGAGCCGUCGCUUUAUGCCUGUUGACGAGGCCGAACUCAGCGGCAGCAUUCGGUGGAUCCUGUCGAACCAGUACGACAACGGCUGCUUCCCGUCCGUCGGCAGAGUGCUCAACUCAAGAUUAAAGGGAGGAUUGGAAGGUCAUUCCCUGGCUCCACUGACAGCAUACGUCCUGAUCUCGCUGCUCGAAGCCGGGGCAGAGAUUCCCCAGGUUUCGAGAGUGGGUGCCGUGCGAUGUCUCCUGCAAGAGCUUCAGCAGCAACAGCAAGACAGCCACACUAUGGCUCUAGCCGCUUAUGCAUUCUCUCUCUUCGAAGACUCCAAAGCAUCUGAGCUCCUUGCAUCCCUUCGUGACGAGGCUCAGCCUGGAAAUGGGACAGAAGCGACGCUCCACUGGCACAAGAACGUCUCGACAGCAGUGGCCGUCGAGACCGCCAGUUACGUGGUCCUGGCGUCCUUGAAGCUUGGCGGUCGGGCGGCUGCGAAGUCAGUCUUGCCCGUGGUCCGCUGGGUGCUGGAGCAGAGGAACCACGAUGGCGGAUUUGUGUCAACUCAGGAUACAGUGGUGGCACUUCAGGCGCUGGCAGAGUAUGCCAAGGCGACCAGCAGUUCUGACACGCGACUGCAGAUUCGGGUUUCUUCCGAAGGCCUGGGCUCCACGUUGACCGUGAAUCGAGAGAAUGCUCUUCUCAAGCAGGAGCUUUUUCUGCCCGUCGUACCCACUGUGCUGCACAUAGAAGCCACAGGAACAGGGUGUGCUUUCAUUCAGGCAACAGUGAAGUACAAUGUUCCUGCCGCAGAAGAAACAAAAAGUUUUGGAUUCUGGGUCACAGCAUUGCAUGCGAAUUGUCGGCCACAAGUCAAAGUGUGUGCGAGCUACCUUGUUUCCUGGGCCAUGUCUGGCAUGGUUAUCGUUCAAGUCAAAAUGCAGUCUGGAUACCGUUUUGAAAAGCUUUCCGGCUCACCUCAAGUGAAGAGACAUGAGGUAGACCAGGACCAAGUGAAUCUCUACUUUGAAGAGUUGAGCAAUCGCAAAUCCUGUGCAUUGCUGGAGUUGGUUCAAGAUUAUGUUGUGGAAAAUGCAGUCCCAGCCACCGUGACGCUCCAGGAUUACUAUGAGCCCGGAGUGACUGCUGUGAAAAACUACACAAUUCCCCCUUGUCUCUUGGAUGACAAUGGAACCUCUGAGGACCUCCAAGAAAUGCUGAUCCAGUCGGAAAGUGUCCAGAGCUCCCGAGUCGCCGGAGCCCGUUUCCACGGAUUUAGAAAUGUGGACCAUGAUCUGGAUUUCCCGGAGGGUCCAGAAGCGAACGCUCAGGUUGUGGUGCCUGCUCCACCAGAGUUCGAAGGAUUGCGUUCCUGUCCUCGGUGCCACGACGACUUUCCGGCCGACUUCGCUGCUCGUUACUGUGCCGCAGAGUUGGCAUUGCGGGUUGAAGCUAGCAAUGGCAGCACAAAGAAGCAUACCCUCUGGGUGAGUGAUGACCUGAGCCCCCCGUUAGAGAAGCCGGUGACCGUGGGCCGCUCUGCAAGCUACGAAUUACGUGGACACUGCAGCUGCCCUACUCUCAGCAAAGGAGAAACAUUUCUCGUCUUGGGUCCGAGCACAACGAUGUCGACCGACGAAAAGAAUGCGACGCAUCUGCAUCUCGCGCGCAACGUGGACAUAGUGCACGUGCAGGAUGCAACGAUCUUGGAAACCACCAAACUUCACAGCGUUCGUCAGCGAUGCUAGACAUUUGCUCAAAGACAUUCCAAUGCUAUGGCAGCUGCAGCAUCUAUCUGCAUGUUUUUGCAUGCUUGUGGCUUGCACAGUGCUCUGCCAGUAUACAAGGUUUUUUUUGAAGAUCCAGAUCUGUUGUCACUAACGAGGUGGGAACAGCAGGGAGGAGCUUCUGUUGUCCCGCCUCCAAUCUAAGGUUCCAACUUUCCACAGUGUUUCGGCAUCUUGCACACUUAGAGCGCGCAUGCGCAUCCAAAGCAUGUUGGAAGGCAUGGAGGCCAGGCAUUCGAAUGACACUCCCUGGUGUUAUCAUUCUGUUGGUAACUAUAGAUGUUUGUCACCAAGGUUUAGAACUUGUUUUAGAUGUCUUUAUUGGGCUGGUCUCAAUCUAAAGUAAUAUAUAUAUUAUAUAUAACUCUAAAUCUACUUGUGCCAAAAAAAUACAGGGUCUCCUUUUAGUGCUGUGUGUGACUUGGUAAAAAGUAUGAUUUCGGCAGCUUUUAUAUGUAUGGUAUCUGUGUUUGUUUGUUUUUUUAUAGAUUUUUGUAAUACCGUAAUAUCCCAAGAGAUGCUCCAACCCCCAACUCCUGAGAGAUGAUUCCCAUCCUAUUUUGGCAGGAUUUGCUAUUUUUUUUCGGAAAUUGCCGAAAGAUAGCCAGCCCACUUCUGGUAACUGCAGGGCCGUGGCCAAUGGUAGCCUCGGCAGAAAUGACGUGACUUAGCCACAACGGUAGAUAAGCGAACAUUGCUAACUGGGAAGGACAGUGGUCUUUGGUUCAUCACCCGUCCUUGCAAUGCAAAGUUUCGCAAAUCACAGUAUCUAAAACUAGUAUUUUUUAAACUUUCUUUGAUCGCACACUGAAAGAUAGCCCACUCCAUAUUUUCACCUGAUUGGCUUUCACUUUUAGGAGGGCUAACCCUCGGGGUAUUACGGUUGACUUUUUUGGUCUUUGAUGUGUAUUUCAACUUUUCCGUAACUUAUGUGAUUGUUGAUCUGAAGAGGCGUUUGAGACUUCACAAGACAUAAGUUUGACUAAGUUUUGUGUUGAUGCCGUUCGGUGCAGUAUAUAAUAUUUUAAUAAUUGUCAUUUCUCUGCUCCUGACAAUUAUUGGUUGCAUGAUUAUGAACAAGAUGGAUGGCUAUCUUCUACAGUUUCGUUGAAGUCAUCGCUCAAAGCCACAAGAGAAGCUAGUAGAACAGGGGUCUCAAACUCAUUUGAGUGUGGGGGCCAGAUAGCCUACCCCCAAAAUGUUGAGGGCCAACAUAGGGUGGGGGGUUAAUAUAUAUUGGGACAAAAAAAAUGUAAAAAAAAUAGGGAUGGUGUUUCAGGUUGCAAAGAAGCCGAGUCUUUUAGCGACACCCAGAGAUUUUCUAAAGAAGCGAUCUCGUGCUACUUGCCUUUUGUAAAAUGGUUGUUUUCUCAGUUCCGUCUUUAGCCUUGAUUUAUUCAUACAACUACUAGUUCUGGUUUGUGCCUAGUGUAAUUACAAGAUUUAGAAUGCCACUAUCCAGGUAAUGUGCUGGAAUGUUUAGUACAACUAUGAACGUACCACAUAAUCGUUACUAUGUCGCUCAAUUCACACGGAAAGUAUCAGAGUUCAAUAUGUCUCGAAAUUCUUUUCGCACGGUAAUUUUUGCUUUCAUGACAAUUUUUGUAGCAGAAUUAAAAGAAAAUACUUGUGUCUUAACGGUAUGCAAGACGAAACAUUUCUCGAUAUAAGAGAAGACAGAAUAGUGCCAAAAUGUUACAACGUCGUAAGAGCAGAGCUAUGCUUCUAGUGGAAAUGAAUGGACGACAAGAGGUCAUUAUUUAGGAAGCAUGCAGAACUCGAGGCAUAUAGGAACAGGAAUUUGCAGCAACGGGACACUUGCGGGCCGCGUCCAAGAGAGUCGCGGGCCGCGUGUUUGAGACCCCUGUGGUAGAACCUCGUGUAUGUAUACAGUCUCAUUUGUUCGUUUUCAAGGUUCUUGUCUGACAUGUGUAUCAGUUUCCCAUUUGUGUUUGUAUAAAGUAUACUUAUCAAAGUUCCAAAA